AAUAGUUAAAGUGCUUAACAGUUUUUGUACUGAAAUUAAUUUUGUUCUUUACUUAUUGUUCUUUAUUUGUUCAACUUAAGUAAUCUGAAAAUUUUAAAAUACGCUAAAAGGAAGUUUUUAAAAAAGAAAGGAAGUAAACAUGUCUAAUGUAUCCGAAAAAUUUUGCCGAAUUUGUUAUGGUGGCAGCGAAUAUGAGGCGCUGAGCAUGCCAUGUAAAUGUUCGGGAAGUAUGGAAUCCGUUCAUGAGUACUGCCUAAAGAGUUGGUUGAAGAAUUCACGAAAACUAUGUUGUGAGUUAUGCAAGUACAACUACAAGAUACGUCUGACUUUCCGGCAGUUUUCCAAUCCACUUUUAAUAGCAUGUGUUACAUUAUUCCGUUUAUUAUGCUUGUUGUUAUCCAAGAUUCAAAGUGGCUUCUCUAUAAUUAUGAUCACUCUUAUGCGGAUUCUUUUAUUAGCGCAAACCUAUCGCAUAUAUGAAACGCUUUUUGAAAACAUUUUUAUCAAAAAGCCAUCGAGGGAAAUCUGUAUUGUGUUGGAAGCACUCCUUGGAAUACCAAUUACAAUUAUUGCAAGAAUCCUGUUUUUGUUAUUACUAAAUUCAACUCUGACGGCAAUCGAAAAAAUAAAUGGACUUCCAGACAGGGAAAUAUUUCGGAGAAAUAUUUUGCUCCUGAAACAAACGCACUCUAGUCCAGCGGAGACAAGUUUUAUUUAUUUUGCAAUCAACGUAUUUGUUAUAUAUGUCCUCAUUUGCUUCCCAUUUCUAAUCGGUUACUUCAUAUUGAGUAGUGUGCAUGUAGUGACAUUAGCCGAUGGUUCGAAUAUGCUUGCAUCAAUUGUAAUUUGUUUAUUUGGAUAUUUUGUAAUCAUAGCCAUUUUUGAACCUCUACAAGAUCGGCUAAGUUCUAAUUUGGUGGACUAUACUUAUAUAACCAUUAAAUCCCUCUUCUACUACCUAAUGAUUUUUUUUACAUUGCCGUUAUUCAUUGGUUUUUGGCUUGAUGUGUGCAGUUUGCCAUUCUACAGUAGGAGUUUUGAUGUUAUCUAUGACUGGCACAGUACUAACCCAAUGCAAUCUAUAAUUUUUCACUGGAUUUUAGGAGCUGUUUUUGCAUCACUUACUCAUCUCCUGGUACUUUAUCUCCGACGUACCUUAUAUGAUACUUUACUAAGAAAAAUAUUAUGGUUUAAUCCGCGUAAGCUGUCUUUUAAAAAGCAUUUUGAAAGAGACUCUCUAUCAACUUUCGCACUUCAAUUUAUCCGUGUUCUGGUUUUUCACUGCAUAACGGCAAUAUUUUUAUUCGGUGUACCAACGAAAGUAUUGCUAAUGUUUAACAUAGGAUGGGAUAAAAAGAUUCGGUUUAUAUUCCAAAUAUUGGUAUACUAUGGGAGCCUAAGAUCAAUAAUGUACACAUGGACCUUUUAUUCUUUUAAACUAUUUGAUAUACACGAUUAUUUACUACCAGAACACGGAUUUGGAGUUAAUACGGAUUUGGAGGAUGUCUUAGAGAACUUUUUAUGUGCUCAACCCAUACUUAGAACACCGAGAAAUAUUCCCGAUUGCAGCGAAAUUUCCUUUUUAUAUUGUCGAAUAAUUGGACUUUACCUAAUAGCUAUAAUCUCAUCGUUUGGACCUUUUCUAGUAGGAGGAUUUGUUAGUGUAAUCGUUUUUUCUGCAAGCAGUAUUUUGAACAAGUAUAUAUAUUACUUCAUCAUUUCACUGUACUUGGGAUAUAAAAAGCUGCAACUGUUAAUAGACAUAGUUCUUUUUGGACAAAAUAGUGCAUUUAAUUUUUUAAUUGUACUUAAUUUCUUUACCACUGCCCUGACACUUUCCAGCGAUUCAAUAGCUGCGCUUUUCAAUUCAUGGUACGAUAUAGUAAUUGCACCACUCAAAGUUAUACCAGAACCUUUAUCAUUUAUAUCUUGGAAGGUAUUUAUGGCUGCUUUUUUUUUCGUGGGAACGGUUGCCAUGUUUAAGGACCGGUAUGAGUGGUUCAUGAGAAAUAGUUUCGGAAUAUUGAGGCGACAAUAUUUAAUCUUAUGUAUCAUGCCGUAUGCCUUAGCACAUUCAAUUGUCCCACUACUGGUUCAUGAUUACAAUCAAAGGACACAUCUCUUACAAAAUUUCUAUUUAUAUUACAUUGCCUUAUAUAAACUUUUGCAAUGUGUUUUUAUUUUACAAUAUUUAAAAACUAAAUUUCAAAAGUACUAUGAAGAAGUGAAGAUAAUAGACUUUUCUCAGGACAUUCAUUUUGAUAAUUAUAACGAGAAUGAAGAAGUAGAAGGUACAGAUAGAGUUAUGGUUUUAACGAAUGCACCAACUAAAUUAAUCUAUAAAUUCUUUCGGAACAUUUUAUAAACUUUCUUUAAAAAUU